CUGCCCCCCCCGGCGUCCCCGGCGGCCCCUGCCUCGCUCUUGGUCUCCGGCGCGGCAGAAAGCCCGGGUGGGAACUAGGGAGCAGAGAGCUGGGACUCACGGGUUGAACUGCAGAACUCGCAUUGUAAAGCAUCCUGAGCCCUUGAGAAAAAGAAAAACAUGAAGAAAUUAAGGCUUAAGGAACUAGAGAGUCGCCUGCAACAAGUGGACGGAUUCGAAAAGCCCAAGCUCCUCCUAGAACAGUAUCCGACCAGACCGCACAUUGCAGCAUGCAUGCUUUAUACAAUCCACAACACAUAUGAUGACAUUGAAGAUAAAGUGGUUGCAGAUUUAGGAUGUGGUUGUGGAGUACUUAGCAUUGGAACUGCAAUAUUAGGAGCAGGGAUGUGUGUUGGAUUUGACAUAGAUGAAGAUGCACUGGAAAUAUUUCAUAGGAAUGUGGAAGAAUUUGAGUUAACAAAUGUUGAUAUGGUUCAAUGUGAUGUGUGCUUAUUAUCUAACAGAAUGUCCAAGUCAUUUGACACAGUAAUUAUGAAUCCUCCCUUUGGUACCAAAAAUAAUAAAGGAACAGAUAUGGCUUUCCUAAAGACUGCUUUGGAAAUGGCAAGGACAGCAGUAUAUUCUUUACACAAAUCUUCUACUAGGGAGCAUAUUCAAAAGAAAGCUGCAGAAUGGAAAAUCAAAAUAGACAUCAUUGCAGAGCUUCGAUAUGACCUGCCAGCAUUAUACAAUUUUCAUAAAAAGAAAUCAGUGGAUAUUGAAGUGGACCUAAUUCGCUUUUCUUUUUAAAACCCUCCAAAAA